CUAUCGUGUCAUGAAUCCAAACCGAUGCGUCUGAAACAAACAAAAAAGGAAGAUGCAUAUGUCGAUUCCAGUGGCAAAUGUUGCGUUCCUCUGAAUGAAUACUGACCCACAAAAACUACUACAUUGGUGCCACCCCUUUUCCUACCUUCUCCACCUUUCUGGGUUCCUGAAUAAUUAAAGAUGGGACUGGCUCUGGGUUGUCUUCAAGUGGAGCAAUCAACGGUAGCUAUCAAAGAAGUGUUUGGAAAAUUUGAUGAUGUGCUUGAACCUGGUUUCCACUGUGUGCCAUGGUUCUUUGGCACUCAAGUGGCUGGUUACCUUUCUUUGCGCGUGCAACAGCUAGAUGUUCGCUGCGAAACCAAGACAAAGGACAAUGUUUUUGUCACUGUUGUUGCGUCUAUCCAAUAUCGAGCGAUGGCGGAAAGAGCGGUGGAUGCUUUUUACAGGCUUAGCAAUACCAGGGAACAGAUUCAGGCCUAUGUCUUUGAUGUUAUCCGGGCAUGUGUUCCAAAGAUGGAUCUAGAUUCCUCUUUUGAACAGAAGAAAGAAAUUGCAAGAGCUGUUGAGGAAGAACUUGAAAAGGCAAUGUCUGCUUAUGGGUAUGAGAUAGUCCAGACUCUUAUUGUGGAUAUUGAACCGGAUGAGCGUGUGAAGAGAGCCAUGAACGAGAUAAAUGCUGCUGCAAGGAUGAGGGAAGCUGCAAAUGAGAAAGCUGAAGCAGAGAAGAUUCUGCAGAUCAAAAAGGCAGAAGGAGAUGCAGAGUCAAAGUAUCUAUCAGGGCUUGGAAUAGCUCGUCAGCGUCAAGCCAUAGUAGAUGGUCUGAGGGACAGUGUGCUAGCCUUCUCAGAGAAUGUCCCCGGGACAACAUCUAAGGAUGUCAUGGACAUGGUUUUGGUGACCCAAUACUUUGACACGUUGAAGGAGAUCGGUGCGUCCUCAAAAUCCAAUUCUAUUUUUGUUCCACACGGACCAGGCACUGUGAGAGAUAUUGCUUCACAGUUUAGAGAUGGUCUUCUUCAAGGAAAGGUGGCUCAGUCAUGAAAUCACACAAUCACAUUACUUGAACUAUUAGGAAUCUAUCUUCUAGACUCUAUCGAUGUAUACAUUUUAAUUUUGUCUGAGUGUUCAAGUUUGAACUAAUUCGGUAUGUUAAUAUGCCUUUCCAUACCAUUCAUUGCCUUUCUAUCCGUGCCCUCUUUUUUGAGUUGUGAAUAGUCGAACAUUGUGCUGUUCUUUUUUUCCUUCGAAAUAAACAUAAUGGUGUUCGAAUUUGCUUC